CCUCCACGCAGCGGGCGGUUGUGCGGAGUGAGCGAGAAGGGAGGGGGCCGCGCGCGCGGCCGGAAGUGCCCCGCGGCGGGAGCGCGCAGCGGAACCCCAAUGCAAGGGAGCGCAGCGGGGCGGGGAGGCGCUCAGAGCCGCGGCCGGCAGGCAGGAUCCGGGUGUCAGCCCCAGCUGUUGGCACUUGACAACUGUAGAUAACCAAGACGAUGGCUGCCAACAAGAACAAGAACCAGAGUUCUAUGGCCCUGCACAAAGUAAUCAUGGUUGGCAGUGGAGGUGUGGGCAAAUCAGCACUUACACUUCAGUUCAUGUAUGAUGAGUUUGUAGAAGACUAUGAACCUACGAAGGCUGACAGUUAUAGAAAGAAAGUAGUUCUGGAUGGGGAUGAAUUCCAGAUAGACAUUCUGGAUACAGCGGGACAGGAGGAUUAUGCAGCUAUUCGAGACAACUACUUCCGUAGUGGGGAGGGGUUUCUCCUUGUCUUCUCAAUAACCGAAUACGAAUCCUUUACAGCAACAGCAGAGUUAAGGGAAAGAGAAAUGGAUGCUUUAAACUUGGAAUUAAUCCAUAAUCAAGAGAACCUACAACCCCUGUACCCCCCUGCUUUUCAAGUUAGAAGGAAGGUGCCCAGCAAUGAGAUGGAUACCUUGAGGGAACUUACAGGAUUCAUCUAUCCAGACAGCAUUGUUGGAAUUCCACUACAGGGAAGUCUCCAAGUGGAGUUGCUGUCAUUCAGAUUUGCUUAUAGUCCUUUUCUUUAAUGAGCUCUGAGGCAGGAAGGACAAUUGGUCCCUUUUUUCUGUUGCACCUCUUUCCAGUUGUUCCUUGUACUUGCUCCACGACCCAACACUUUGGGAACAUUAUUCAGGCAGUGCAUUUCUUGUCUUGGGGAAAGGUAAAAUUUUGACAAUCUCCUUAGGUGCAACAGAGAGAGACCUCCCCAUCUGACUGAAGACUGCACUUUUGGAGGAGGUGCAUCCAGGCUUCCUCUCAGCCAGAGAAAGGGCUGUUUUAUUGUGGAGGCUUGGGGAUAGGAUUAAGGGUAAAAACAGGGCUGGAGAUGGCAGACAAGACGUUCUAUCAGAUGUUAUCUGGAGACCCAUUGACUUCAAUAGGAGUCGGAUCGGGCAAAUUAUGAACUUAGCUAAUGGUAGUGUUUAAUUGGGCUGGUAACUGAAAGAUUCUGAUAACUCCCUCCAUUUGAAAAUACGGGGGUUUUCCCCUUUCACCAUUGGAAAGAAGGAUUACCUACCCAUCUCAUUGGCCAAAACACAGAACAAAUUUAAAUCUUAUGCCAACAGCCACUUGACUUCUUUAAUCUUUUGAGUUUUUGCAAAUUGUAUAGAAAAGCCCUGACAUGACAAAAUUCAUGUAAAUGAUUAUUAAAUUUUCUGUAAUCAGAUUCUUUAUCACAGCUAUUUCAAGUCAGGCUAGAAAUCCUGCUGAUAUUCAGAUUUUGAUCGUUAAUAUGUAUAUUUGCUGUUUUGUCAUUUUACCUGCCUGUGUGACUCUCAAAAGCCAACUGUUAGUAUCUUGUGAUUCUAAUAGCUGGUUGUGUUCAAGUGCGUCAUUUUUCAGUUUUGUAUAACAUUGUGCACUUGAAGUGACCCUAAUUGAAGCAUCUGUUAAAUACAAUCCGCUAUUAAUGGGAAAUAAACUGCAAGAAGCUACUUGUACUAGCUUCUCUGCCUAAUCUUGAUAGAUUGGAUAUUGUAUUAAUUUGAUUGCAUGAAAAAACACGUUUGUGUGUGUUUAUUAUAUAUUGUUUCAUCACAUAAGGAAAUGGUAUGAAAAAUGAGCUAAAAAGAACUAUACACUUCAUUUCUUAGAAGAAUAAAGAGACUGCAAGUUGACGCCAGCAUAUGCUUCUAACACAAGAUUUCCUAGUUUUGGCAGGAAUUCGUAACUAACUAGUUUCCUGGAUGUUUACACAAUAUCUUUGAAAAUUAUGCUGCUUGCUAUUGUCUUAAGCUCUUCUUUUUAUUAAUUAAAAAGGUUAGAUUUUUCUUAAAGUAAAUCAGCUUGAAGUGGUAACAAAAGUUGCCUUCAGAUAUCGAACUGUAACCUUCCAUACAUAUUUCAUUGGGCCUUAAAGUGCUCUAGUCAGACUUUUAGUAGAAGCAAACAUACCUCCUUGUGAAGGAAGGGAUAGCUGUGUGGUUAGGUCACAGGUCUUGGAGCCAGGGAGCAGGGUUUUGCUUUGUCACAAUGUGACCUUCCACAAAUCCUCGAACUCUCCCCCCCCCCUCUGUUUUCCCUUCUGUAAAAUGGGGAUACUACCCAAUUCAGAGGGAGACUUACCUAUUUAUAAAGCCUUCUGAGAUCCUCCAGUGGAAGGUGCUAUAGAAAUGUAAAAUGGUAUUUUUUUAUAAAGUUUAAUUUAUUCUUCUAUUUGUGUAGGAUGGAAAAAUAAAAAUAUACAUUAGAUGUCUGACAGAUCUUACUAAUCCUCUCACAAUUUUUCUGUUUAGCACUUGUCUAUACAAAGACAGUGCAUGGCAAGCCGGGGUGUAAAUCUAGAGCGCUCUAGUCUGCUGCGCACUGAGUUGCUGUGUGGACGAGCCCUUAGAUUUAUCAACCAAAUGAGUAUAAAUAUAUUGUACAAGAUUUUUUUGUUUCAAAAGACAUUUGUACUCCACUAUAGAAGCUCUCCUUUAUUGGAGUCAGAGGAAGUGACAGAUAUGGUGUUCAGCUACACACAGCAAAAUGUAACCUUUUCCAAGUGCUGCUUCCUAUGCGUAUCCCGCAUGCAACUGAGCCUGGAAAGCCUUGCAACUAGUGUCCAUUGGUCCACUCCUGUGCUCUGGAUCUCCUUGUGCUCACUACCGAGCAUAUAUAAGGAGGUGCGGGCUGACUGCCUCUCCAAUUGCUUCUUGCCGCUGCAUGUGCUGAGUCGGAAUCCUCUGUGUCCGGAGUUAUCCCUGCAUUGUCUUCAUCUCUGUAAAUAUAAUUGUAUAUAGUUUUAGUUUUUCAUAGUGUUUUUAUAGCAUCUGCAGAGUUAAUUAGUUCCUCCUCCCCAGGGAUCAUCUCUGUCCCCACUUUCAGGAAAAGGACUUUUCCUAGAAUCUCAGGAUUUAAACACUGCAUCUCCUGUCCUCACUCCUUCUCAGUCAGCAAUGACACCAGUGCUGCCUUUACUGCAUUGGGGAGGCGCAUAUCCCUGCCAAGUGCAGGAUUUGUCACUCCUCCUCACCCCAGACCCAAGAGGGAUGAGGGUUCUGACUGAGAGAAUACCUCAUGGAGAAAGCUGGGAGAUCCUCCUGUAUACUGGCAGCAAACCUCUAGCAGCGUGUCUGUGAGCACAAGCUCUGCAGCAGAGGCCAGAGGAGACAAAGACCCAUUACCUCUGGCUUCUCUUGAGAGUAAGGAACACUCUUAGACAUACAAACUGAUCCCCCUUUAAGUCUGCUUCCAAGAGAAGGUUUCCCUCUCUGAUGCCAUCCAAGUUGG